UCUCUCGUGUCACGAGCUAAGCCACAAAAACAAUACAUCAUUCAGAGGCUGCUGUAGCAGACAUUUGAUCGCCGCAUGAAUGCGCCUCACAAUUCCUUCACCGAGCCCGCAGAUUCUGUUUCACCAGCAGGCAGGUUUCACUAGGUGAAGUUCGUCUUUUCCGAAAGUUACGAGUCUUUGUCGGGCUCUUCGCUGGUGUGUUAUGCAGUAAACGAGCAAUUUGCACCACGAAGGAAUCCUCUGGGAGAUCUGUCUGUCAAACAUGGUCUCUAAAAGCAACCUGUCGUUGAUUCUGCAUUUCCUCCUCAUAGUUUGUCUUCUAAACGAUGUGGACGCCCAAACAACCGCUCCUGGAGGCGAAGAAGAAGGAGGAGGAGAAGGAGAAGGAAAUGGAGGAAAAGAAGCAUGUGACAAAGAUUUUGAUUUGAGCUUCGUGAUUGAUGGCAGUGGAAGUAUCGAGCAGGCCGGAAAAGGGAAUUUUAAGAAGGUGAAGGACUUUGUGAAAAGAAUCAUAGGGGGAUUCAACAUUGGAGAAGACAAAACCCAUGUUGGUGCCGUGAUCUAUUCUUCUAGCCAGUAUGUUAAAAAAGUCUUUGGGUUAGAUAGCUACUUCAAUUUAGCAUCUCUUGAAAGGGCCAUUGACAAAAUUCCAUACCCUUCAGGGGGUACAUUCACGGGGAAAGCCAUUACAUUGGCCACCAGAGAUAUCUAUACAAGCAGUAAAGAUAGGUCUGACAUACCAAAUGUCUGCAUAGUCAUCACUGAUGGCAAAGCCACAGACUCCAUUGAAGAGGCAUCAAGGACACUUAGAUCAAAGGGGACCACUAUAAUUGCCAUUGGUGUAGGACAAAAUUAUGAUGAAGCAGAGUUGAUAAAAAUGGCUGGAAGCCGAAGCAACGUCUACACAGCUGACUUCUCAGACCUGGACACUGUCAUAGAAGACAUUAAGCAGUCUGCUUGCCAAGCUGACCAGCCUCCGUUACCUCCUCAAAGGAUUGGGCCCCCUGGCGAUCCUGGACCGAAAGGAGAUAAGGGAGAUCAAGGACCUACUGGAGAUGCAGGACCAGGAGGUCUGAGAGGGGAUUCGGGUGCUGAUGGACCAGAUGGUCCUCAAGGUGUUCAGGGCCCUCCAGGACUUCAAGGACCUCCUGGACCUCCAGGGCCCAUCAUUACAGUCCCUCCUGGUGAACCUGGUGGUGGUCCAGAUGAAGGUGGACCUGACCCAAUUUCCCUUGGAGAGAUAAGUAAUAACCAAGAUGCCAAAGGACCAAUAGGAAUAAUUCGAAGAGUUAAAGGAGAAAAAGGGGCAGAUGGUCCCAGUGGUUCAAUAGGACCUACUGGUAUAGCAGGGCCAGAGGGAGAAAUGGGAGCUCCUGGACAGAUUGGUCCACCUGGAGUAAAUGGCCAAGCAGGAAAAGCAGGUAAAACAGGCAGCCCAGGUGAACCAGGAAUGAAUGGAGCAGAUGGUGUACCAGGACCUCCGGGAAAUGCUGGGGACCCUGGGGAACCGGGACUAAGUGGACCCCCAGGUGUUUCAGGCGUCCCUGGUCUUUCUGGUAUAAAAGGAGAUCGUGGAGCACAAGGAACUCAGGGAGACCCAGGUGAACAGGGUAGCCCUGGAGCAAGGGGAUCUGGUGGUGAGAAUGGCAGGCCUGGUGCUGAUGGAGCACCUGGUGCCCAAGGCCCCAGAGGACGACCAGGGGAGCCAGGGGAAACAGGAAAUCAAGGACCAACUGGACCCGCAGGUACACCAGGCUUAGAGGGAUCUGCUGGUAUUCCAGGAGAGACUGGAAGUGGGGGUAGUAGUGGAGCCCCUGGUGCUAAAGGUGACCAAGGUGUCCCAGGACAAGCUGGUCCAACUGGACGACCAGGUGCGCAAGGAGAGAAUGGGGUGCAAGGACCUAAGGGAGAUAGUGGAGCAGCAGGACUGCCUGGGGCAGAGGGAAGACCAGGCUACAAGGGUGAUAUGGGAGUGGCAGGACCAAUGGGACUGGUUGGUGAAAUCGGACAAGAAGGAGCACCAGGAACCCCUGGGUCAGCUGGACCACCUGGAAGAAGGGGAGACUCGGGAGCACCUGGUCCCCCUGGACCAAGAGGUUCACCAGGAGCUAAGGGUUCCGCAGGAACUAAGGGAAAUGUUGGCGCCAUGGGUGUUAGAGGCCGUUCAGGCAGGAAGGGUAGACAAGGAAGGCCAGGAAAGCGAGGAAGUAUGGGUGAAGCAGGAGCACAGGGCAACCAAGGAGAAGCUGGUUACCGGGGAGCAGAAGGAAGAGCAGGUGAAAGGGGUGCCCAAGGUUCUCCAGGUGCUGAUGGUUUGCCAGGAGCCAAAGGUGACCAGGGAAAUGUAGGUGAUUUUGGUGAAGAAGGAAGGGCAGGCAUGAGGGGAUCUCAAGGUCCAGCUGGCAAACCUGGAAGACCUGGUAAUACUGGAGCACCGGGUCGACCUGGAGAUGAUGGCCGACCAGGCUCAGCAGGUUUCCCUGUGAGUAUUAAAAUAACUACAUUUUUGAGAAACAUCUUCUUAAGAGCUGCCCCAUUGUUGUUUGAAUUGAAUGCAUGCAUCUCAUUCUACUUCACCUUGGCAAGAGGCCCUUCCGGUGCACAAGGUGCCCCAGGAUUCAGUGGAGCCAAAGGAUCCAUGGGCAAUUCAGGUCGAGAUGGUGCUCCUGGUAGCCCUGGCUCUAGAGGAAUGAAGGGUAACAGAGGUGCAAGAGGUCAACAAGGAAAGCCGGGAAACCCUGGAAGAGAGGGUCGUCGUGGAGAAAGAGGAGAACCGGGUCUGCAAGGACCUCUGGGAGGACAGGGCCCCACAGGAAAAAUAGGACCAACUGGUGUGCCUGGUAACACUGGAAAUCCGGGUAUGCGAGGUGAAAGAGGAAAAGAUGGAAAGACAGGAGAAGCGGGUAACCGUGGAGAAGCUGGAGAGCCAGGCCCUGUUGGCGUACCGGGCCCAGUUGGAAUGGCUGGAGACGAUGGAUUGAGUGGGGAUGAUGGCAUACCGGGAGACAAAGGACCGGAUGGGAAGCGAGGAGCGACAGGCGCUGCUGGAUCACCGGGUUUCCCAGGACUUCCUGGUAGAACUGGUACCUCCGGAAAGAAAGGAGAACCUGGAUCUGCUGGACCUGGAGGUUCCCCUGGUUCUGACGGAAACGAUGGUGCUCCGGGUUUGGAUGGGGUUCCUGGAAGUGUUGGCCCGCCUGGGUUGCCUGGACCGAAGGGACAAGAUGGUUCUCCUGGAAUUCCUGGACUUAGAGGAAAACGCGGAGAUCAGGGUUUACGAGGCCCAGUUGGCUCGCCAGGCACUCCUGGACAAGCUGGAAUGUCGGGACCCACUGGACCUCGGGGACCAAUCGGGUUGAAAGGAAAUUUUGGUGAGAAGGGACGUAAAGGAGACGAAGGACCAUUUGGCUCCAAAGGACCACAAGGUGGCGCGGGGGAUUCCGGUCCCGAGGGAAACAAAGGAGACACGGGCGGACCCGGUUACCAGGGAAACCGAGGUUCCGCUGGAUCAACUGGUCAACCUGGAUCUCAGGGGCCCCCUGGACCAGUUGGACCCUCAGGAAUGUCGGGAAAACCAGGACUUUCCGGUGUUAAGGGUGCGGUUGGACCUCUCGGAAGAAGCGGUUCGCCUGGGCUACCUGGACAACCGGGGUUGCCUGGUCGAGAUGGAGCUCCCGGAGCCUCUGGUGGAGACGGGCGUGUAGGAAAUAUUGGACCAAUAGGACCCGUCGGACCUAAGGGCGAAGUUGGGCGUGAGGGUCCUCCAGGCCCACCCGGUCGCACCGGGGCUGAGGGUGAAAUGGGUGAAGGGGGUGCCCCAGGUGUUCCAGGAUUUCCCGGAAAUCCUGGAGAAAGCGGUACACUGGGUUACCCUGGUCCUCACGGAAGACCUGGCCAAGACGGAGCCAAAGGCCUACCAGGUGAAAAUGGGUUUGACGGAACUCCGGGAACUCCUGGGGAAAAUGGAGGAGAGGGCGACCAGGGCGAGAGAGGGCCACCAGGCCCCAACGGAGUCGCUGGAACUAGUGGACCGCCCGGAUCAACUGGUGAAAAAGGAGAAGAGGGCCCGGAAGGGGAACCAGGCGACGAAGGUGUGAACGGAGAUUUUGGUAAAGUUGGGGAACGAGGCCCAGAUGGUGGGGAAGGUGGACCGGGAGACCCAGGAGACCCAGGAAUAUCAGGAGAAGGGGGAGAUCCUGGAUAUACUGGAAAGCCUGGAAAUAUGGGACGCAUGGGCCAGGAAGGCGAGGAGGGUCCAUCGGGAAGAAACGGGUCAGAAGGCCUCCCUGGUCCAAAGGGUCCAGCGGGAGCACAAGGACCCCCUGGUGAAGAUGGACCUAUAGGAAAUGAGGGCGCAACAGGAGCUCAAGGCAAUCCUGGGCCACCGGGUGGGCGUGGACCAACAGGCGAAGAUGGAAUGGAUGGAAACCCAGGCCCUCCCGGUCCGCGAGGACCUAUGGGCCCUCCUGGAAUUAACCUCAUCGGUCAAAUUUUUACUGGAGCCGACAACAAGGGACCACCACCAAACUUUCGACUGUACUCGAGCUCAGAGAGUACUUCAUCUCGAGAAGAAAAUCGUAUGCUUGAGCACCCUGAAAUGAAAAAGGUCUUGGAUGGUCUCUCCCAACACACUGAUCUGUUUAGACGACAAAAAGGCAGCAGAUAUCACCCAGCCCGCUCCUGUCGAGAUUUGCAGCUUGAUCUUGACAGUGACGAUACUGUGCACAGCGGCUUCUACUGGAUCGAUCCUAAUGAAGGUUGCAUCAGUGAUGCUGAAUACGUUUAUUGCGACUUUGAAAACAACAGAGCUUGCGUACAUCCGAAAAAAGAAAAUAUUACCAUAGAUGAUCCGAAGGCCAAGCAAUGGAUCAGCGAGGUUCACCCGGAUGUAGAGCUUAUUUCAUACAACAUGGAACCUGCACAGAUGAAGUUCUUGCGUCUUUUGAGCAUGCGCAUCACCCAGAAUGUAACCUAUCACUGCUACAACUCACGCGCAUGGGAAGAUGAUAAUGACCGCACCAUUAAACUCCAAGGAGAAAACGAAAUGGAACUAACAUCAUCUGAUAAAACAAAGCCCAAAGUCGUCACCAACAGCUGUGAUAAUAAAGACAGUUCUUGGCAUCAAACUGUUCUCGAGAUCGACACGACGCAAAAGAACGCUUUGCCUGUUGUGGACGUAGCAGCUUACGAUGUGGGAGACAUGCUUGUUGAGCAGAAAUUCACUAUUCAACUUGGACCUGUGUGUUUUGUGUAUUAGCUGGAAGUUAACGUGUCAAGCAAACAAAUUUAGUGUAAAUUUCAUCCGUGGAAAAGAUUUUAGGAUGGGUUUGAAGUUUGCUUAGUUAUUUAGGUCAAUCUAUACGACUCUGAAGUUCCCUGUUAUAGUCUUACUUCGCAAAAAAGAUGUGGUUCUCGAGUAUAGUUCUUGGGAAAUAAACUAGAAACAAUUUCCUUGUCAGUGAAACUGGCUUAUCCGGCGAUUCUUCUUCUUUUUCUUCAUAGCUGUUGAUGGAAAUUCUUAUCCUUUAUAGAAGAUUUCCGUAAACUGCAGAACGUUUCCGAAGUAGGACAAUAAAGAGAUCUAGCCAAUUAGGUCACUCGAGUACCAGAAUGAAAAAGUUGUUAUUUAAAUGUAAUUUUUGAUAUAAAUCAUUUUAGUGGCAAGGCGUAAUCCUGAUAUUGAUAUCUUUUGCGUUUCUGAAAAGAUAUUUGAAAUACACUGUUCCUAACUCAUAUUCACCCCAAACCAAUGCAUAACGCUUGUUGAGGAGGUAUCAAAAUGGUAAUUUUGAAUAGCUGAACAGUGAAGAAAUUACCAUCGAAAAUCGUUGGAUGUUCCCUGUGGAGUGGCAGCUUGUGUGAUAGAUGCAAAAAUAAAAACGAUCCUUGAUAAA